CAAUUCACUGUUGUUUGUCAUGAGAGUGAGAAGAAAAAAAAAAGAUCCAAAGUUUAGGAAGAGGAGGGUGAAUCAGAGAAACCCAGAAGCUAAAAUGAUACGGUCAUGGUGGUGGUGGUGGUUAAUAAGCAACCUCCAUUAAUUAACCCUCCCUUCUCUCUCUCUCUCUUCCCGGGGUAUUCAUAGACAUAGCAGAGGUAGGGAAGAGCCAUGAUCAACGGUUCAAACACAUAGCUCAAGAACACCAACAAGAACAAGAACAACCACCAACAAAAUAUAAAGCAGCAAACCAAAUGGAACUUACAGAUAUGCAGCAAAGCAACAAGCAGCAGCAGCAGCACCAUCAUCACCAUUCAAACCCGAACCAGAAGCAGCCGCAGCCGCAGCAGCAGCAUCAUGUGGUCCCUUUCGAUGGCAGAUCAGCCGCUGCAGGAGGUGGUCCACCGUUCAUGGGCUCCAUCUCCACUCUUGUCUCCCUCCCUCCUCCUUCUUCCUCUGCUUCUAAUUCUUCUUCUUCUUCUUCUUCUUCCUCUUCCUCCGCCGUUGUUCCGCCUCCUCACCUCCUCGAUGCCUCACUCGUCAUCGCCANCAGAUCCGAUACCACCACCAAUCCUUCUCCUCGAUCUGCCUCCGCCUCCGCCUCCGCCUCCACCUCCAACGCCAACGCCCUCAAGCGUUCUACUAAAGAUCGGCAUACUAAGGUCGACGGUCGUGGCCGACGCAUCCGUAUGCCGGCUACUUGUGCGGCUAGGGUUUUCCAAUUGACCCGCGAAUUGGGGCAUAAGUCCGACGGCGAGACCAUCGAGUGGCUUCUCCAGCAAGCUGAGCCUGCGAUUAUCGCCGCCACUGGUACUGGAACAAUCCCUGCUAAUUUCUCCUCCUUGAACAUUUCCAUUCGUAGCAGUGGAUCCACUCUCUCUGCUCCUCCCUCAAAAUCUGCUCCUCAUUCCUUCCAUGGCGCUUUGGCUCUCGCUCACCAUCCCAACGCCUACGAGGAAGGCUUCGCUCAUGCUGCUCUGCUAGGGUUUCACCACCACCACCACCAUCAGCAACAGCAGCAGCACCACCACCAACUUAAUCUAAUGACCGCCGAUCAAAUUGCCGACGCUCUCCCCGGCGGCGAGAGCGGCGGCGGCGGCGGAGGAGGAGGAGACUCGACGGAUAACUAUAUGAGAAAACGCUACAGAGAAGACCUGUUUAAAGAGGACACGCAAUCUCCAGGGGAGAGCAGCGGCGGUGCUGGAUCUCCCAAAGCGAUUAAGAGCGAUCUGCAAUUAGAGAAACAACAAUCGCAGCAGCAAUCAGCAUCCUCGAGCCUACUCCGUCCUGCGACUGCGAUGUGGGCCGUCGCUCCAAGCAGUGGAGCGAGCAACACGUUUUGGAUGUUGCCAGUAACAACAGGAUCAGGCGGAGCAAAUGUAGGAAGCUCUGGAGCAAGCGGUGGUCCAAUGGAAGCUCAAAUGUGGCCAUUCUCAACGAGUGCAAACACAUUGCAGGCUCCAUUGCAUUUCAUGCCAAGAUUCAACAUCCCUGGAGGCGUCGAAAUUCAGGCGGCGGGUGCGGCAGCAGGAGGCGGAGGAAGAGCCGGCCAAUUACAACUCGGUUCCAUGCUAAUGCAUCAACAACAGCAACAGCAACAGCAACAGCAACAGCAGCAUCAGCAGCUUGGGCUGGGAGUAUCAGAGUCCAAUUUGGGAGUGUUAGCAGCUCUGAAUGCUGCGUAUUCCAGAGGCGGGUUCAAUGCUAAUUCAGAUCAUCACCAUAAUCAUCAUCCAUUGGAGCAUCAUUCCAACGCACCGCAGCCUCACGCAACCGAUAGUGGGGACGAAGAUCCAAACACUUCCCAGUGACAAACCCAAAACCAGAUUAGUAAGUGUUAUUGCGUACCCCCCGAACCCCUUAAUUCUUUGUUGUAUAAAAGAAACACACCUUUGAAUCGCCCUACCAUUUAACAUUCAUCUCUUCUACACAUUGUUGGGCUUUUUAAUCCACAUUUUCCAUCCCCCCUUCAUUCGGAUCAAUUCAACGAUUGAUUUCAAGAACAAAGAUUCGAAGGAUUGUUUA